GCAAGCCGCGCCCACCACCCUCGCCGCGCGCCACGACGGCAGCAACAUGGCGGGCGCCGACUUGCGAGCGGCUCUGGAGCAGCGACUCCGCGCCCUGGACAUCUGCACCGAGGUCGUAGAGCACCCCGAGGUGUUUACAGUUGAAGAAAUGAUGCCGCAUGUCCAACAUUUGAAAGGAGCACAUAGUAAGAACUUAUUUCUUAAAGAUAAAAAGAAAAAAAGCCAUUGGUUGGUGACAGUUCUUCAUGACAGACAAAUUAAUUUAAAUGACCUUGCCAAGCAGUUGGGUGUCGGAAGUGGAAAUCUACGGUUUGCUGAUGAAGUGGCAAUGCUAGAAAAACUGAAAGUUGGCCAAGGUUGUGCCACACCUCUGGCACUCUUCUGUGAUGAUGGAGAUGUGAAGUUUGUUCUGGAUUCUGCUUUUCUGGAAGGUGGACAUGAAAAAGUCUAUUUCCACCCAAUGACCAAUGCUGCUACCAUGGGAUUAAGCCCUGAAGAUUUUCUCACGUUUGUGAAGAAUACAGGACAUGAUCCCAUAAUAUUAAACUUUGAAAAAAAAUUAGGGUAACUUUGGAAUAAAUUUAUUUCU